UUUAAUCUUUUAGCAGAAUUGUCGUUUGUUUCCGUCAAAAAAUUCAAAAAUUUUACCGAAAGUUUAUUAAACGUCAUUUUAUCGAUCAUUGAACCCAUGUCUAAUUCGAACGUUCCAAUCAAAAAAGAAGGCAUACUCCAGAAUUCACAAGAGGGUGUCCAAAAUGUCAAAACUGAAAAUAAUGGUGAUGUAUCACUAGCUGAAAUGGAAAGUUCUGAAUCUUGUACAGAAGAAGUUAAAACUGUCGCAUUGGAUAAUAAUGGAAAUGAUGAAAAUUCUAAGGAAAAUUUACCAGAGCCAAAGAAUAAAAAACAAUCUAAAGAAGAUAAAAAAAAGUCAAAACAGCAGAAAAAAAAUCCCCAUCCCACAGAGAAAACUAAAUUAUUCCAAAAAACUAAACAGAAGAAAAAAGAAAAUGCAGUUGAAUCAGACGAAACGACAAAGUUAACAGCUGUUACAGCUACUGUUACAGCUACUGAAGCAGCUACUGAAGCAAAAGCUGCUGAGGCCAAAAAUGAUUCGGCUAAGAAAAUAAAAUCAAAAAGCAACAAAGAUCUUCCUCACCUAAAGAUAAACACCAAACAGAAUCGAUCUUCAUUUUUGUGCUGCUUCUGCUCGAGUAAGGCCAACCGGCACUCCUCUCUAACCUCACUAACGUCGCCUAUUUCCGAAUGUUCGGAGGGUAGUGGGGCUCCGGCCACUACUAAAGUUCAACUCGACAAUUUAGACGCCAUUUCUAAUAUUACAAUUUCAUCUAGGGAUCUAAUUACGGCCGCCAUUUUACAAAAUUCUGGUAAUGCAACAGCCAGCAAGACAUCUGAAACAACAAAUAAUUCAACAACAGCAAACAACAAUGACAAUAACAAUGAUAACACUAACAACAACAGCGACAGUGUAAACAACGGCAACGAUAUCAACAAAAAUGGUGUCACCAGAACUGAAAGUAUUAAGGUCAUAACGAAUUUCUACCCAUCCCUACGUCCCAAAUCUCCAGUUUACCAUCGCACGCCGUCACCGGGGUCAAAGUAUCAAGAAGUUCCGACCUCUGAACCUGACCUCUCAAAGCAGCCGAAACGAAGUGCCAUGAAAGGCGCUAAAGAGAAGGAAAGACAGAAGUUGCUGAUGAAGCAGAUGCAGACGAAGCUGAACAAUCACCUCAACGACGCCGACAACAAUGACGACUCACUCACCAGCACAUCCCUAUUAAAUGGCGUUGGGGAUGGCGGUCAUGAUGAUAGUUUUAUUAGUAAUAACUCUAACAAAAGUCAUAACAGGUAUAAGAAGAAGACGGUGACCAGCAAGUUUCUCUUGCCGGACAACAACACUCUCGCUGACGAUAACGACGCCACUGAUGACGACGACGACGACGACGACGAUGACGCCGAUAAGGAUGGUGCAUUGGUGAGCAGGAGGCUAAGGAAGGAUAGAAGGAAGAUUGGAAUGCAACUGAGCAGAAAAUUGAGCCAAAGGCCAUCCUUUUACGAAUUGCAAGAGAAACACAUCUUGCUCAAGCAGACUCCGGAGGAAUACUUGAAAAAUAAGGAAGAGUUGAAGAGGACCCUAGUUAGAAAGUUAACGUUCAGGCCCACAGUUACAGAGCUUAGGGAAAGACAAAUUCUGAAAUUUAAUGAUUACAUUGAGGUAACGGAGAUCGAAGAGGUGGAUCGUAAGGGAGACAGGCCCUGGACGAGGUUGACACCCCAGGACAAGGCGGCCAUCAGGAAGGAACUGAACCACUACAAGAGCACCGAGAUGAUGGUGCACGAAGAGAGCAAGCAAUACACCAGUCAGAAAGAAGCCCAAGAUAUAGACCAGGAACUCUUCACUGAAUAUGAAUACAGUGUAGAUCAGCUGAUGGAGUUAGCAGGACAGAGUUGUGCUGUGUCAUUUGCCAAAAGUUACAAAGAUAAGAAGGAAAGUGAUGUUCUUGUGGUUUGUGGGCCAGGGAAUAAUGGAGGUGAUGGUCUUGUAUGUGCCAGACAUCUGAAACUUUUUGGUUACAAUCCAGCCAUAUUUUAUCCAAAAAGAACAGACAGACCUCUCUACCACAAUCUGACAACUCAGUGUAACAAAAUGGAAAUACCAUUUUUAGAAAAGCUGCCAAACUCUACUGAAAUGAGCAAACAUUACAGUGUCAUUGUGGAUGCUUUAUUUGGGUUUAGUUUCACUGGACCUCCCAGAGGUCACUUUGCUGAUAUUAUUUCUUCUCUUAUCUCCAGCAAGUUACCUAUCUUAAGUGUUGAUGUUCCUUCAGGUUGGAACAUUGAAUCAGGCAACCCAGAUGGCAUUCAACCAGAUGUGUUGGUCUCACUAACAGCCCCAAAGUUAUGUGCAAAACAUUUCAAAGGCAGAAAACACUUUUUAGGUGGCCGGUUCGUUCCGCCGCAACUUGCAAAUAAGUACCAACUUAACUUACCUGAGUACCCUGGCAUCGAGUUAGUCGUCGAUAUCACAGAUGUAGAAGUAAAAAACGAAUUAUAA